UUGCCAUCCAAAUUCUCUUUGCCCCGCUGCCUGUAUCCAGGACACGGCCGCUGAGCCCAUCGGGAGUCCGUUCGUUCGUCCGUCCGUCGCUCCCUGCGCGUGGCCGGCGCGGCAGCUCCACCACCGCGCCCGGGGCCAGCUGCUCGCCCGCGCGCGGGCGCUCCCGCUCCGCCAGCCCCGGCAGCGCGGCGAGGACGCCGGCCGGGGCGCGGCCGCCCGGGGACCUGCGGUUUGCGCGGCGGCGGACGGCCGGCGAGGUCUGGCGCUGCAAGAAGGGCAAGCGCUCCGACAUCAGGCCUUCCGAGUGGGACCGAUUCGGCUACGCCGCGAAGGAGGAGGUCGGAUCGCGCGCCCCAUCCAGUACGACCAGCAGACCCUGCCGAUCUGGAGAGUGAAGGCGUCGGACGUCACUCCCGAGUGGUUCUUCGAGCACGCGUCGUCGAGGCAUCGGCCCGUUAUCGUGGAGGGGGCGUGCGCGCACUGGCCUGCCAUGCACCGGUGGUCCGUCGACGCCCUGGAGGAACGGUUCAAGAACGUGGAGUUCAAGGUGGCCAAGGACGACAAGGGCAAGAAGCUCCGCAUGAAGUUCAAGUACUAUGCCGACUACCUGAGGAGCCAGCAGGACGACAGCCCUCUGUACCUCUUCGAGACCAACGUAGACGACAACGCCCUGAUCAAGCCGCUCGUCAGGGACUACGAUCCCGAACCUCUUUCCAGAUGA